AUGAAUUAUAUGCUAAUAAAAAAGAAAUGCAGCUUCGCCAAGUCACGAGUGGAGUAUCUAGGGCAUAUUAUAUCUGGAAAUGGAGUCGAGGUGGAUUCAGAAGAAAUUAGGUCUAUUGUUGAAUGGCCUAAACCAACUAAUGUGAGGGAGAUACAUGGGUUCCUUGGGUUAACAAGAUAUUAUUAUCGAAGGUUUAUACACCAGUAUGAGGCUAUUGCUGCUCCUCUAACACAACUGCUUAAGAAUGGAGGAUUUAAGAGUGAGAAAGUUGAUGAAGCAUUUGAGAAGUUGAAAAAAGCAAUGAUGUUUCUUCCAGUUCUAGCACUACCAAAUUUUGAUCAACCAUUUGAAAUUAAAACGGAUGCAUCAGGCUAUGGAAUAGAGGAUGUACUAAUCCAAGCCAAGCGUCCAGUAGCUUAUUACAACCAUACAUUAGCUAUAAGAGACUGA